GUCAAAGGAGAUAGUUUAGGGUGACCCUGUACCUUAUGUUUCCCAGACUUUGUGGCUCCCACUUAGUUUAGUGAGAAUCAGUCUACUAGAGCAAUAGAUGUAACGGAUGCUGUGUAGUAUUCAUAUCUUCGUAUAACUAUCAUGCCAAUCACCUCAUGGAAGGUGUGGUAUUUGUGGUAGUUGUAGGGCUUCAUUUCCUUCUUUCAGUUUCAUUUACUUGUGAUCUACAAUGGCUGCUGCACGGCAGAGGGAAGAACCUCCGAUAAAGGAAGACCCUUUCAGAAAAAAUGCUUUCACGCUUAUCGAGGAAAUGUUGGACCUGAGUUACCCCCCUUCAGAAUAUACUGCAGGGUUAGUGGAUGAGUUUCUUCAUAGCAUCUUCUUUUUGGGAAAGAUCAACAACCCACCAUUUUCCCCAGAAGAUAUUCUGAAUAAUGAUAAAGACUUGCUUAAUGCGUUGAAGGGCCGCUACCCUCUGCCUUUUGAACUCUAUUCCUCUCAACUACCCAGGCGGAGUCCAUUUUCAUGUGUGCUAGACAUGAUUGUCCACCAGACAAGAUCAAAAGGGAAAAUACAAGAAGAAGAGAUUGAAACAGAAAUAAUAAAGAGGCUGCAAGAUCUCAUCCGUCCACUGAAGGAGGGUAAAAGAAAGAAUAAAAAAAAGCCUCUGGUCUCCUCCUCCAUCUGUGUCUCUCACAGCACCAAGACCCCAAAUGCAGUCAGGUACUACGGAGUCUCCAUGUCCACCUCUGGCCCUAAUCCCGGGAAAAUCCUGAUUGCUGCAUCCUGUUUUAGCAGCUGGGACAGUUAUGUAGCUGGUGCAGUGAUGACCUACUAUCCAAAUAAGGUCAAGAGGGAAGAUUUUGAUGGAACCAUCAUACUUCCAGAGCAUGUCAGGUGCCAGGCAUUUAACCUCUUUGAAAAAAGAGAAAAGCCCCCUUGUAGAUCAUGUGGGAAUUUGUUUGGUUUGACAACAAAGGAAAAUACUGAAUGGCCCUAUGGCAACUGUGCAGAAGCUGAAAGUGUGAGCAACUUGCUUACAAAUGUUGAAGAAGUUAGAAAGCAAGCAGCCCCAUGCACAGAGGAGAACAGGCAGAGGGCUGCAGAGAGAGUCAGGAAAGAGCUUGAAGGUUUCGUGAGCACAGAGAGAUUUAAAUGGAAAGGUCAAUUCUACACCCCACUAGGAAUUUGAUCUUAAAAAGGGGAAACAAUUUUACUGCGGCUGCAGGCGCCCUGCUUGCACCCCAUACUUUCAUAAUGAAAUGGACUAGUCCGUAGGCCUAAUGGUGCGGGCGCGAAAGAUAAACACACGUGACAUAAGAACUCCAUAGGGAAGUACACAGAGACGGAGCAAGACGAGGCUAAACCUUUUUAUAUCACUGGUCUAAACGUGAAAAUGAUUCAAAGUUACCCAAGCGGCUCAAAUAAAAGAAAAAAGCGAAAAGACAUGUUUUCGGCAGUAGCCUAGUGGUGGGCAGA